GAUUAAACAUGCAAAAAACUGGACUGCACCUUCCCCGCGAAAAUCACUCCCCUUCGGCCCUUGCUUUGUAAUUUCUCUCUCUAAAGAGAGAGAGAGUGAGAGAGAACGCAGGCGCCGAAAUGGAGUCGUCACUGGGAGAGCUGGAGAGAAGACAAACCCAAAUCCUCCAACGAAUCACCCAACUCGAGCUCUCCCAUUUGCCCCAACACUUCUCCGCCUCCCUCUCCCUCUCUCCUCCCAACGAAAACGCCGCAGCCACCGACACCGAAUCCUGCCUCUCCGCCAUCCUCGGCUCCAACGGCGUGCGAGACUUCUCGUUCAGGCGAGUCCCCUCUGAUUACUACGAUUCCCCCCUCGAAUCCCGACGAGACGUCCUCGGUGCCUCUUCCGUCCACCACCUCUGCAAAAGCAUUGUCCUGGUUAACACGCAAGCCCCUUCUAACGUAACAGAUUGUAGUGAUCGCAACUAUUCGAAGUAUUACGUUGUUGUGGUUCAGUAUACUGCUCGAUUUAAUGCUGAGACUGUGAAGAACUUUCUGUAUGCGCUUAAUGAUGGGAGAAUACCAAAGAAGAAAUUCAAUUUGAGGCUUGCCCCAGAGGAAAUAUCGCAGAAGUUGACUGGUUAUGAACACAAUGCGGUGACCUGUAUUGGCAUGAAAACAAAUAUUCCGGUGAUCUUGGAUGAAGCAAUUGUGAAGCUUAAUCCAGAGUUCUUUUGGCUGGGAGGUGGAGAGGUCGAUCUGAAGUUAGGGAUCAGGACCUCUGAAUUCGUCAACUUUGUAAAACCUUUCAUUGUUAGCUGUAGCGGUGCAUGAUUGCUCCCAUUGAUUCGUUAGCAAAUAGAUUAGAGAAGACAUUAUGGUUUUUGCAUUCGGUGGUUGUUUGGGGGCUCACAAAUGUGAAAAUGCAUUGCCACCGGUAAUUUGUUGAUCUUUAUGGGGAAAACAAUUACAAUAGUAUUGAACAAAAGUCCAUUGUGUGAGAUCAACAGUUGGGAAUUCGUGCAAUGGAAGAUGCUUGCUACUCAGAUUGUAUAUAUCAUGCUUCUGCUUCAGGGCGUUCUCUUUAAAA